AUGGUUGGUUGCAGUAUUAGGAACGCUCAAUCAACGAAAGGUUCCCAAACUCUGAAAAAACAACAGUUUUGCGGUAGCUGGCAGCACCUCCCUUGCAAUAAUAAUAAUCGAUUUUUUCUUCCCAUUCUUUAUCUCCUCGCACUCAUCCUCCUCCCCUUUCCCUUCCUACUACUUUCAACAACACCCUUCAACGCCCGACACCACGCACAAUCCCCAACCAAAACCCUCGUCCGCGCCCGCCGUUUGCCGGGCGGACAGCAUGUCAUCAUACCUCCUCCCCCUCUUCUCCUGCCGCAGCUUCUUGUCCCCUGAGUUGUCCGAUCCUCAUAGCUGCUGCUGCCGCUGCAGGCGCAUCUGGUGGUGGAGUAGAUGUAGGAUUCAAAGUCGAUGGAGAUGAUGCUAUCAAGCCAGUAGUCGAAGUAGAGGUAGAGGUAGCCAAUCCGCAAGGUUCGAGAAACGGGUACGGGAAAGGUGUAGGCGGGCAACCGCAUGUGAAGAGGGCGAAGGUUACAUAACACAUUGUUGCUUAGCUGUUUACCGGAUUUCUUGGACAAUGAUUUGAAGUAAUCGCGGGGAUUCUUGCUCUGGCGAUGUUUGACGGGUUUCUUCUUCUUCUUCCUUGUUUUUCGUAGGUGGGUAGGAUUUGUAGAGAGAAGGAGAGAAUCCCUUGAAUAAUCGUGGCGCGUUUCCCGUUUCUCUUCUUCUUCGUUUUCUUUCUUGCUCUCUUCUUGCGUCUUGAAGAAUCUCGAAAAAGAACCUUC